ACCCGCGGAGGCGCCCCCGGGGAGGCCGAGGUCCCGGGGGAAGCGCCCGCCUCGGGCCCCGAGGAGCCUCCGCCGGCGGACAGGGCCGAGGCCGAGCCGGGGGCUGAGGAGCCGGGCGCGGAGGAGGCGGGGGCGGCGGCGGCGGAGGCUGCGGGCGAAGGAGAGCCGCAGGAGCCGGUCUCCGAAGAGGCCCCCGGCCCGGAGGAAGCGAGCGAGGCCGCGGGGGCGGAGCAGCAGGGCGCGGGCUCCGUGGAAGGCGGGCUGGAGAAGGAGGAGGAGGAGGAGGGCGGCGAGGGGGAGGCGGAGGAAGGGGCCCCGCCUGACGGCGCCCCCGUCCUGGAGAUCCAGGAGGCCGUGGAGCCGCGCGAGGCGCCCUCCGUGUCGGUGGCGCUGCCCAGCGAGGUCUCCUUCGCGGCGGGAGAGCUGCUGGAGCCGCCUCCGCUGCAGACGGGCGUGGACCUGGGGCGCCGCAUCAGCCUGAGCCUGCGGGACCUGGAGCUGCGGCGCCACAGCGGGCUGUCGCUGGAGGUGGGCAGCAGCGCCGGCAGCUCGGAGGCCGAGGAGGAGGCGGUGGUGGCAGUGGAGACGGAGGAGCAGCGCGAGCAGCGCCUGGCCGAGGAGCAGCUCCGGCGGCAGGAGCUGGCCGAGCAGUACCGGCAGCUGCUGCUGGAGCGGGCGCGCCUGCAGCACUACAACGCCAAGCUGCAGAGCAAGCUGAGCGAGCUGCUGAACAAGGCCAAGAGCAAGGAGCGCGUCCGGCAGGAGCUGGAGCAGCACAUCUCCGACAAGGAGCAGCGCUACAGCCGCUACCUGGCCAUGCUGGAGGAGCUGCGCACCCAGCAGGCCGACGAGGCCGCCUGGUUCCAGAAGCAGAUCGACGACGCCCGCCUCUCCUGCAGCCAGAAGCUGGCCAAGGUCGAGAGCGCCUGGAAGGCCCACCAGGCGCUCAAGAUGGAGGUGGCCGUGUACACCGUGGGGCGCCGGCUGGGGAGCAAGCAAGCCGCUAUCGACAGAGUGGGCCAGAUCCAGGCCAGGGAGCAGAGCAAGGAAAGGGAGAUGACCGAGGUUCGACUGGAAAAUAUAAAGCUGAAACACAGAAUCCAAAAGCUUGAUGCAAGUUUAAAAGCCAUGGAAGAGUUAGCAGAAGGUCUGCACUUAAUAGAUUUUGAGCAACUGAAAAUAGAGAACCAAACCUACAAUGAAAAGAUUGAAGAGCGCAAUGAGGAGCUUAUGAAGCUCCGGAAAAAGAUAACCAACACAGUGCAAAUUCUUACUCAAGUGAAGGAAAAACUGCAGUUUGUGGAAGCAGAGAAUCAUGGCCAAAGGUCUCAACUAAUGGCAGUUGAGGCUUUAGUGGCCCAAAGGAGAGAGGUUCUAACAAAGACUAAACAGGCUAGGGACAAAUUGCGAAUGGACAAUCAGAGGCUUUACCAGAAGUGCGGCUUACUUGGGAAUACACUGCUGUUAAGGGACUUUGAAGAUAAGGUAACUGCUGCUGAAAUGCUGAAUGAAAGGCUGGAGGUACUGAAACGCCAUCAUGCUGCGAUCUCCCUUACUUGCAAAGGGGUAAAGAAGAAAAUCAGAGGGGUGACAUCUUUUCUACCGCUCUAAACUUUAUUUUAAUUGUCAAAAAGAGCAAAGUAGAGUGUGCACUAUAAAAUAUUACAUUAAAUAGCAAUUAGUUGUUUGUCCUUAGAAUCUUUGUUCCAGAUAUUGUUCCUAUUUCCAGAAGAUAACAGUGGUUUAAAACCAAAUCAAUUUGUCCAACUGGCUUCCAACUGUCAGUUAAAAGUUUUCACCAACUGAUAGUUGUGCUUAGUUUAAUUACUUUCAAAAAGUAACAACUUGAAACUAUCAGUGCCUUGAUGUGAACAUAUUUUCAAUCAACUCUUUAGAUUCUCCACAUCCUCUUUCUGGGCCAACUGCUGCCUUCUGCACAAGCAGCGUGGUGGGUAACAAACCUUUGCGGUGGGUACAGUACCAAAGGGGGGAAAGGCCCACUGGUGGGAUUUUGCAAGGGUUCCUUAUCUUUGGACACAUGGGUGGGCUUGGGAUUUUGAUGAUGUGUUGGUGUGCUACCACAAAAUGGCUGUCCUUCAGCAGCAAUCCUACACAAAUUUGCAUAGCAAUAAAUUCUUUUGUGUGACAUUGA